CGUGAUUAACGUGAGGCCCUGCCAGCGAACACAACCACUCUUUUGUUCUUUCUCCGUUAUUAGCCCUUCAUUAAUGAAAAGCAUGAAUUACCACCAUAUAGGUCCAUGCAUCACAACAGUGGGUCCAUUCCAAUGUCCCAUCUACUUUGCCAAUAAGCCGAGGGACUCGGUACAAAGAAGACCCUUCUCAUCUUCACUCACCACAAGAAAAUCCAUCAUUCCCCAUGCAACUAAUACCAUCAGAGAGAGCCGUGGAUUUAAGCAUAAUUAUAUGAGGUCAAAGACGUUAUGUUUUAAUUAUAUAAGUGAAGCAGGCGGCACACCUAGCUAAUAACCUACCGCAGCCCGAGGCAAUGUCAACGGACAAUGGAAGCGCUUCAACGGACUCUGAAGUUUUAAUUCCUCAGGUAAUGAGUUCUUAUUGAACUAGUUAAGGUCAGACCAGCACUGUAUUUAAAAUAAUGAUGAUCUUGAGAUGAGGUCAAGUUUGUCCCAUAGCUUUUAGGCCAUACUAGGUCAUGUUUAUGUCCUUCGAAUACAUUUGAUCAGAAUUAGUCAAAUGAAUCAAAAACCCAAGAAAUCAGCUUGGGACAUAGAGAUGGAUGUUUUUGAAACGUGAGAUAAACGCUUAGGUCAACAUUUUUAGCACCCAAACAAGAUUCUGGGAACCUGAGCAGCAUCAGACCCUUAUCCACCCUCAUGCAGUAUGGGAAAAGUGCCAACCAGGUAGAGUGACAAAAUGACUGUCUCCUUAGUCACACUGAGCCCUGCUACCAAGCUGUAUGACUAGGAUGAGCAGGUUUCUUCUACAGCACAACACAGCAGGAGACUCCACUGGACGGUGGCUCCACCAAGGAGACACACCAUUGUAUAGACGAGAGAAAAAGGAAUCGCCAAUAAGUCAGAUCUUGAGAAAAGAAACGCAAGAGAUACAGUCAUAAUAAGGUAACUUGAGGGUUAUCUAGAUAUAGAGCAUAUAGACUGACUUCACACACCGGAGUAUUAGGAUGAAAAUCCGCGUGAUGCAGAUCUGGGGCUUCCUGAUGACAGUGCUGGGCUGGAUCUUUGUGGCAUGCACCAUGGCCAUGGAGGGCUGGAAGGUCACGUCUAUCGGGGGCAUGGGCGGCUCGGCUGUCAUCAAGGUGGCCUGGUACUGGUCUAACCUGUGGAAGGCCUGCUUCACCGACUCCACUUCUGUCACCAACUGCCAAGACUUCCCUGUGCUCUGGUCCGUGGACAACCACAUCCAGAUUGUGAGGGGCCUGCUGAUGGGUGCUCUGUCUGUGGGGAUGCUGGGGUUCGUACUCAGUCUCAUUGGGAUGGAGUGCACCUUCCUCGGGGGCAAGGACAAGGCGAAGCACAGGAAGCUCUUCACUGGAGGAGUCUGUCACAUCAUCAGCGGUAAACAUAUUCUUUCAGGUGACUUCUCCCUCUGUGAAAGCAACCUGGUCGACGCACGCUGUAGCAGAUUGAGAGUAGCUGACUGUCUCACUUCGUCUUAUGCAGGCUUUCUGGCUGCGUCGGGGUAUGCUGUCUACGCAAAAUACGUCUCCGGGGAAUACUUCAACCCCUAUUUUGACGGAUUAAAGUUUGACCUGGGGACUCCUCUGUUUCUUGGCUGGGUGGGAUCAGCUUUCCAUAUGACAGGGGGUUGGUUCUACUUGGUCUCUGUGUGCAAACUGCUCUGUGGGGACAAGAGCAAAACUAUAGUCAUCCCUGAACUUCCCGAGGUUGAGAGGGACCAGGCCAAGUCCACCACAGCACAGUACCCAGUGUCCCCGAUCACCUCCAAGAUCAUGGUUUCAUCUGCAUCUAAGAUUUCUUCCAAAGCUGCACACUCAGAUGUGUCCGCCAUCUCCUCAAAGUCUGGUCAGUCCGGUCGUGCGUCCAAAUCAGAGCGGUCUGGGCGGUCCUCGAAAUCCGUGCAGUCCUCGAAAUCUGCCGGUGGGUCUUUCACGUCUGGUCGUUCAUCGAGGUCGAGGUCUCAUGGGUCAGUAGACUCUGAGGUGAGCAGCGGCAGCAGUAGUACAGUGUCCUCUUUAUCCAGUGGGUCAAGGAGGAGAGAGAGAAAACCGUUUAUCAAGAACUCCUACAUAUGACCUGGUUCUGUGCAUAGUAUGUGUGAUUUUGACUGGACCGAACUGAAGUAACAGUUGUAUAUACUGUAUAUGAUGAUUAGGUCUGUCAGAGUUAAUCCGUUAACGUUUUGGAAUUUUAGUGAACUGUUUUUUUUAAAUCGGGAUUAAUCACAUUGUCUGAAAGCUUUCAAAAUACAGUGAGAACAUCCAAAGUACAUCAUUUACACAGCUAAAAACAACAAUUCGAUGUCAAAACACGUUAACAAUGAGGUUAAAUUAAGUGUGCUUUAUCAAUUUACCUGAUUUGCUAUCCGUUACUUUGGACAACUCAAUUUGAGCAAAUUCUGAAUUUGCGAUGAAUCGCGAUCAAUCACAACAAAUCCUUUGAUUAACUCGGUUAAAUGUUUGAAUCGUAUGACGGCCCAAUGAUGAUCCAAUUGUGAAUCUGUAUGUGGGGGAAAGUCUCUGUAUCUAAUGGCCUUUUUAUCCUGGGAGUGUUUCACGAUCAUCAAAUAAACUGCUUCAUCACA